CAGAGUAUUUGCCCAGCUGCUACAGGUACUGGUAAGAAGCUUAUCGAGAGAUUUCCAAGAAACAAAAGCUAAAAAUGGCACAUGUUCAGGAGACCAGCCAAGAUCCUGAUGUAACUGCUGUCAUCGAGGCAUCAGGAGAGUCAACUAUAGAAAACGCAACUAAAAAAGCACAAGACACAAUCCACGACCUUCUUAACGUCUCACUGGACGUUGCUGUAACUGGAGAAACAGGAGCAGGAAAGUCAACUUUCAUUAAUGCAAUCAGAGGACUGAGUGAUGAUGAUGAAGGUGCAGCUGAAACUGGAGUUACUGAAACCACCACUGAACCAACCCCUUACCAACAUCCAACAAUGCCUAAUGUGACUUUCUGGGACCUUCCUGGAAUUGGUAGUCGUACUUUUCAGGCUAACCGAUAUCUUCAACAAGUCAAUUUCAACAGGUAUGAUUUCUUCAUCAUCAUCUCAUCAGUACGAUUCACAGAGAACGACGUCCUGCUGGCUACAGAGAUCAGAAACCAGGAAAAGCUGUUUUACUUUGUCAGAUCAAAGAUAGACGUUGAUGUCGCACAAGAAGCAAGGAGACAAGGCUUCAACAGAGAAGCAACUCUGGCAAAAAUUAGGAACUACUGCCUGGCACAUUUAAAGGACUUUAAAAAUCCUAAAGUUUUUCUCAUCUGCUGCUAUGAUGUUUCUGCAUUUGAUUUUGAGGAGCUUGUGGACACACUGGUGUCAGAGCUUCCAGAGCAUAAACGAUACGCUCUAAUGAAGUCAGUACCAGUCACUUCUGUUGCUGUACUGAAGAGGAAGGUCGAAAUGUUUGACAUAUUAGCCUGGGCUGCAGCAUUUUGCUCUGGUGUAGUUGCAGUAGCUCCAGUACCUGGUCUGUCAUCGGCAUGUGAUGUUGGCAUUGUGGUGGCUUUUGUUACAAGUUGCUACUUCUCAUUUGGUCUUGAUAAUAAAUCAAUUGAAAGACUCUCAGAACGAGUCAACAAGCCACAUCUGAAGUCUGUGAUAAAAUCUCCUCUUGUACUAAAACUGGCAUCAAGCUUACUGAAAGAGUUUGACGUUUUGGAUUACUUUCAGAAGUCGGAACCUGGUCUAAGCACUUUAUCAGCAGCAAUAACAUCUUUUGAAGUUAUAAAGAAACUCCUGCAGCAUGCAUUAAAAGAAUUUGAAGAUGCAGCACUGACGGUGCUGAGAGAGGCCGGGUUAGAGUGAGGAUGAUCUAUGACUAGAGCUCGGCGGUUCCUGAAUCACCCGGGUUAAUGAUUCGAAUCUUCGUACUGAAUCAGGAAUCACGAGUCCGAGGUCUCAUUUAACCCGGAUCCUAUGAGUCCUCUGACUGGCUGCUGCUAAGUACACAAGGCGAGUGAGCAGACUCACUGA